AUUCCCCUCCCCACAACUGUCCAGUGUCUCCCGUUCCCAACAUUCGCUUUGGCUGGCUAGCCGACAAACUUUUGUCUUUUCUCUCCCUUCCUUCAGAUCUCUCUGCGCAGAAUACGCAGAAUACAGCAUCAUGGAUAGUUUGAUGCUGCGCGAUGAGGCGGCGCGCGACCGCGCGCGCCAGGCUUUGGAGUUUCUGGAUCCCCACGAUCAACAUGCACGGAGUUACAGAGCCGAUAUCAUUUUGAUGCUCCAAAAGAACCUUCGCAGACUCGUCGUUAAUAUCGAUCAUGUCCGCGACCACAACCCCGAAAUGGCCGACGGGCUGCUUAACGACCCGUUCGAGUACACACUAGCCUUCAACCACGCACUCAAGGAGAUUGUCAAGACAUUGCCCCAAGCCAGGCCAGACCAAACAGAUCCUGAUGUUCUGUACUACUGUGCGUGGGCCGGCAGCUUCGGCCUCAACGCCUGCAACCCGCGGACCCUGUCAUCGCAGCAUCUGAACAGCAUGGUUUCCAUUGAGGGCAUCGUCACACGCUGCUCUCUGAUCCGCCCCAAGGUCGUCAAGAGCGUGCAUUACAACGAAGCCAGGAAUAUCUUCCACUUUAGGGAGUAUCGCGAUCAGACCAUGACCAACGGCGUCACGACGUCGAGCGUGUACCCCCAGGAAGACGACGCCGGUAAUCCCUUGCUGACCGAGUACGGGCUGUGCACCUACCGGGAUCACCAGACCAUUUCAAUCCAGGAGAUGCCCGAGCGAGCCCCCGCAGGCCAGUUGCCUCGCGGCGUCGACGUGAUUCUCGACGAUGACCUGGUUGACAAGGUCAAGCCAGGCGAUCGCGUCCAGCUCGUGGGCAUCUACAGGACCCUCGGCAACAGGAACACAAAUCACAAUAGCGCCCUGUUCAAGACGGUCUUGCUAGCGAACAACGUAGUGUUGCUGUCCACCAAGUCUGGCGGCGGGGUUGCAACCGCCACGAUUACCGACACGGAUAUUCGGAACAUCAACAAGAUUGCCAAGAAGCCCAAGCUGUUUGACCUGCUAUCGCAGUCUCUUGCUCCAAGUAUCUACGGCCAUGAAUACAUCAAGAAAGCCAUCCUUCUUAUGCUUCUCGGAGGGAUGGAAAAGAACUUGGAGAAUGGCACACAUCUCAGAGGUGACAUCAACAUCCUGAUGGUUGGCGACCCGUCCACCGCCAAGUCUCAGUUGCUUCGCUUUGUGCUCAACACGGCUCCCUUGGCCAUUGCCACGACCGGCCGCGGCUCCUCGGGGGUCGGUCUGACAGCCGCCGUAACCUCCGACAAGGAGACCGGAGAACGUCGUCUCGAAGCUGGCGCCAUGGUCAUGGCCGACCGUGGAGUCGUCUGCAUAGACGAGUUUGACAAGAUGUCGGAUAUCGACCGAGUCGCUAUCCACGAAGUGAUGGAGCAGCAGACUGUGACGAUUGCGAAAGCCGGCAUCCACACUUCCCUCAAUGCCCGCUGUAGCGUGAUCGCCGCCGCCAACCCCAUCUUUGGCCAGUACGACACGCACAAGGACCCGCACAAGAACAUUGCUCUUCCCGAUUCCCUGCUGUCACGUUUCGAUCUCUUAUUUGUCGUCACAGACGACAUUGAAGACACCAGGGACCGUCAGGUCUCGGAGCAUGUGCUGCGGAUGCACAGGUACCGCCAGCCCGGCACCGAGGACGGCGCGCCGGUCCGGGAGAACGCGGGCCAGGCGCUCAACGUGGCGCUUAACCAGCAGGCCGACACGCAGCGGCCGACCGAAGUGUACGAGAAGUACGACGCGAUGCUUCACGCGGGUGUCAAGGGCACGGGGCGGGGCGCCAACAAGAAGCCCGAGGUGUUGAGCAUCCCCUUUAUGAAGAAGUACAUCCAGUACGCGAAGACACGCAUCAAGCCCGUCCUGACCCAAGAGGCGGCAGACCGCAUCGCCGACAUCUAUGUCGGCCUGCGCAACGACGACAUGGAAAGCAAUCAGCGCAAGACGAGCCCCAUGACCGUGCGUACGCUCGAGACUCUGAUCCGUCUCGCGACGGCUCAUGCUAAGGCACGGCUUUCCAACCGUGUCGAGGAGCGGGACGCCGCCGCGGCCGAGUCGAUCCUUCGCUUCGCGCUGUUCAAGGAAGUCGUUGAGGACGGGUCGCGCAAGAAGCGGAGAAAGACGCGCCCGCUCGAGGACGUAGACGAGGACAGCAGCUCCAGCGAUGACGACUCGGACGGCGAUGAAAGGAACGGCACCGCCGCACGCAGUAGCACGGCAGCGCGCAGCACGCGGUCGACGCGCGCUGCGCAGCGCAACGGUCGCCGCAACGGGCGCGGAGGAGGAGUAGCGGCAGCCAGCACACCGGAUGGCGACGUCGACGGCACGGGGGCGGACGGAGAAGAGCGGGAGGAGGAGGAGGAGGAGGAGAACAUAUAUGACGCCACGCCAAGGCGGGCGACGCGCACCACACGCACAGCCGCCGCCGCCUCUUCCUCCUCCCAACCAUCCUUCGCCUCUUCGGUCCCGGCAUCCCAGCUCCGCACCCAGACCGAAUCCCAGGCAACAACAACUAGAGACGAUGAGGCUUCCGCCUUGGCCUCUCGCGCAGCUAACCUCACCGUCGAAGAUGGUGACGACGAGGACGAGGACGGACCUCGGAUCAGCGAGCAGCGCCUCGAAGUGUUCCGCCGCGCACUCGGCCAGCUGCUCAGCACGCCGCUGUUUGAGGACGACGCGGCAGAGGUGGGCGAGCUGAUUGAGGCGGUCAAUCGCAAGGUGGGGAGUGCCAACGGUGGGGCGUUUGCGAGGGACGAGGCUAUCAAGGCGCUUAAAGAGAUGGAUGCGAGGAAUCAGAUUAUGUACACGGAUGGGGAUUUGGUGUAUAAGAUUUAGUGAGGACAUGGAUUGUUAUUGGGUUUGCGUGUCGGUAUCAUUGAGGGUUUACUACUAUGGACGGGUCACAGCAGAUGAGGCGUUUGUUUGCAUUUUGACGGGUAAGACUUCAACGGAUGGUUUGGGAUCAUUGGUACCUAGUUUAUUCCGUUGCUGCGGGUAGCAAGUAGAUGGCUGAUGAAGUAAGCGCUGAUGAAGGAUAGAUCCAAUGUGCUAUUGUUUGCGGCACAUAGUCCUAUCAUUCAGUCAUCUAGUGUGACGUCUAUCCAAAG